AUGACUACAAAUCGUCCACUAGCUUCGCAUUAUCAAAUUGGUCGUCUGUUGGGUUCGGGCAACUUCGGUGAAAUACAUCUUGGCCGGAAUAAUGAAACACAUGAAUAUGUCGCUAUUAAACUAGAACAAAUUAUCACUCGUACGCCUCAACUAGCAUAUGAAUAUCGAUUUUAUAAAUCACUCGGUAAACAUCAUGGAAUACCCGAAGUUCAAUUCUACGGGCAGACUAGUUCCCACAAUGCACUGGUUAUGGAACUGUUAGGACCAUCACUGGAAGAUCUAUUUGAUUUAUGUUCGCGACGUUUCACAGUGAAAACUGUGUCAAUGAUUGCAAUACAACUGCUGGACCGAAUGGAAUAUGUUCAUUCAAAAAAUUUAAUCUAUCGAGAUGUUAAACCAGAGAAUUUUUUGAUUGGACGUGGAAGUACCCGUCGACAACAUAUUAUACAUAUUGUAGAUUUCGGUUUAGCAAAAGAAUAUCGAACAGCCGAUGGAACACAUAUACCGUAUCGUGAACAUAAAAGUCUAACAGGAACGGCAAGAUAUAUGUCAAUUAAUACCCAUGCUGGUCGUGAACAAAGUCGUCGAGAUGAUUUAGAAGCAUUGGGUUACAUGUUUAUGUAUUUUCUACGAGGAAGUCUACCAUGGCAAGGCUUAAAAGCUGAUACAUUGAAAGAACGAUAUCAAAAGAUCGGUGAUACGAAACGUUUUACGACCAAUGAAAUUCUGUGUGAAGGUUAUCCACGGCAAUUUCUUACCUACAUGCGAACUGUGCGCCAAUUAGAAUUCUCUCAAACUCCUGAUUAUAACGGAUUACGGCAACUGUUUCACAAUGCAAUGAAAGAUAACAACUAUAUCAACGAUGAUGAUUUCGAUUGGAUAAAACCCUUACAAGAACAUCGGUCAAAACGGUCGAAAACAGCAAAUACGACUGUUACGGGUGUAUCCUCAACGAACGCGCCAGCCAAAAAGACUGCCAAUACAACUAAUAUCAUGUCCUCAUCAACAACAUGUAUUAAUAACAAUGACGAAUCACGUAAUCGUACAGUGGCAUCACGUAGUUUAUAUCCUCAUUCUCAAUUACCGUUAAGCUCUACGAAUGCUACUACUGUGACAUUGAAUGGCGGUUCGAAAACCACACUUUCAAUGGCUAGUACCACGAAACUUCCCGUUAUGUUACCAUCAACAAAUUCUACGAUUGAAAAUCGUCGACCAAUUCCGACUAAACGACGCAGUCUAAUUCCGGCGCCGCCAUCAAAUUAUUCGUCAAAUAAUGUAUUAAAUGUAAAUCAAGCAGCUAAAGAUUAUGAGCAUACAGCCCAUCCAACUUGUUGCUUCUUCAAGCGCAAGCCGAAGGAAGCGCUUCAAAUAACGUCUACCAUAUCAAAAAAGAUCCCUCCAAAUGAUUCGACACAUGUCAGAUAG